AUGAAGUGCAUUGCAUGGAAUGUGAGGGGGUUGAAUAAAGUGCACAAGCAGGUUGAGUUUAGGAAUUUUUGCAAAAGUUAUAAAGAAGCUAUUCUAGUAGUGCUGGAGCAUAAAAUAAAGGAGGGAAAGGCAGGAAAGAUAAUUCAGAAAAUGGUUGGAAAGUGGGAAUGGGUGGAUAAUUAUAAUACUGAUCCUAGAGGAAGGUUAUGGAUUCUAUGGGAUCCAAAUAAAGUGAAGUUUAGAGUGGAUGUAGUUCACAAGCAAUUCAUCCAUGGGUAUGUCACGACUCAAAGCUCAGGGUUCUAUCUAACAAGAGUGUAUGGUAUGCAUACCAUUGCUGAUAGGAAACAUUUAUGGACUGGCUUGACACAAGUUACAAAUGCAGUUACAGAGCCUCUAGUAAUCAUGGGUGAUUUCAAUUCUAUUCUACAUGGGGAUGACAGAUUUGGUGGCAAUGCUGUGAUGGAUGGGGAGGUGCAGGACUUCAAAAAGCUUAUGGAGACAGCUAGCAUAAUUGGAAUGAAGUGUUUGGGUAGGAGAUAUACUUGGACUAAUGGGCACAUUCAUAGAAAAAUAGAUUGGAUCCUAACAAAUGCUUCUUGGGUACAUAAAUGGGAGCACAUUCAAGGACUCAUCAUGGAGCCACUGUUUUCAGAUCAUUGUGUUGUGAGCUUUCCCUUAGGGGAUCGACAUAAUAGUGGGCAAAAAUCUUUCAAAUUUUUUAAUCACAUAGCUGAGCACCCUGAUUUCAUUGGUGUUGUGAGGAAGGGAUGGAGGGGUAUGACAUAUCCUACAAUGAGAGGUGUAUGGCAGAACUUGAAGAAGGUAAAGGUGCUGAUUCAGAAAUUAAAUACUAAGGCGUUUAAGGGGGUGACUGAGAGGGUAAAUCAGAAACGAAAACAACUAAUCAAUUUGCAAGGCCUCAUGAGUGAUCCCCUAGCAGCUAGUAGGCUAGCAAUGGAUGAAAAACAAUGCAAAGUGGAACUUGAGAGGUGGAUUAAUAUUGAAGAGAGCAUCUUGAUGCAAAAGUCUAGAGUGCAAUGGUUGAAAUUGGGGUAUGCUAACACCUCGUAUUUUCAUGCAUGUCUAAAGUCUAGGCAAAGUCAGAAGCAAAUAACACAAUUGAUGAGUCUUGAAGGCAUAGUAUUGUCAUCUGGAAGCCAGGUUGAAGGGGAAAUUACAAAGUUUUAUAAACAAUUGCUAGGUUCUGCAGCAACUAGUCUACCAGCAGUGGACAUAACUAUCAUGGGUGGUGGUAAUGUUCUAUUAAGAGAUCAGCAGCUACAACUAGUUAGGCAGGUGGAGAUGGAAGAAAUAUGGAAAGCACUAGCAGGCAUCAGUGACACAAAGAGCUUUGGGUAUGAUGGGUUUAAUGCUUAUUUUUUCAAAAAAGGGUGGUCUGUUAUGGGAGAAGAGAUCACUAGUGCUGUUAUGGAAUUCUUUAAUACAACAAGAGAAAUUAUGGGUUGUAUGGGUCCAUACAUACUAUGUCAAAGGAAGAGAUAUAUGGGAGGUGGAACCUAA